AUUAGCCACGCCCAUGUACACAAAAUGGCUUUGAUGGCAGCAGCAACGGUACACGUAGGUGCCUUUAGGAACUGGAUUACAGCUGAUGGUAGCUCAGGAUUCAAAGCGGAGGCUGGUAGAUAUCACCUUUAUGUCUCAUUCGCCUGCCCUUACGCUCACAGGACACUUCUGACCCGCCGAAUCAAAGGACUUGAGCAUGUAAUCUCAAUUGAUGUGAUGGACAUUGUCAAAGGUGACGAAGGAUGGAAGUUUGGGCCUAAUCCAAACGUGGAGGGACCCACAUCUGACUCUGUUCACGGAUUCUCGUUCUUAAGAGAGGUUUACUUCAAAGUUGAUCCUAAUUACAGUGGUCGGUUCACAGUCCCAGUUCUUUAUGAUAAGGUGACUGGUACUAUUGUUAAUAAUGAAUCUGCUGAGAUAAUUCGUAUGCUAAAUACAGAGUUUAAUGAGUUCUGUGCUACUCCUGAAGCUAAAGCUCUUGAUCUCUAUCCUACUGAUCUCAGAGACACCAUCAAUGAACUCAAUGAAUGGAUUGCAUACGGACUUAGCUCAGCAGUCUACAGGGCAGGGUUUGCUACAGCUCAAGAUGCCUAUGAUAAAGCAGUGAAGGAAGUAUUUGAGUCACUGGAUCGUAUUGAGGGUAUCCUAUCAACACAACGUUACUUAACUGGAGCUAGUAUAACUGAAGCUGAUGUUAGACUCUAUACCACAUUAGUGAGGUUUGAUCCUGUUUAUGUGGGACACUUCAAAUGUAAUAAGAAGAGGAUUGUUGAUUAUCCAAAUAUUUGGGGCUACUUGAGGGACUUGUAUAACACUCCUGGAUUUGGUAGUACAACCAAUCACUACCAUAUAAACCAUCACUAUCAGGAGAGUCAUUUACAUAUUAAUCCUCAUGGAAUUGUGUCUAUUGGACCAGAGAUUAAUUAUUCCAUACCUCAUGGACGUGAUAAGAAGUUUUAACUGAUGCUAGUAACAGUAUUAGUAAUAAUAAUCGUUUUUAUUCUUGAUUUGUAUUUUUGAUGUCAGUCAUUAUAUUUGGAUAGGUUUUGUGUGCAUUUAUGUGGUUUUGCCAUCAGUAUAAUAAUACAGAUUUACAACUUUUACAAAACAACAAGACUUAAUUGCACACAAUA